AUGGCAGCUCAACUUGAGAGGGCAGCUCAACUUGAGAGGGCAGCUCAACUUCAGUGCAGCACAACUUGCGAGAACAGCAAAGCUUGUGAGGACAGCAAAGCUUGUGAGGACAGCAAAGCUUGUGAGGACAGCACAGCUUGCGAGGACAGCACAGCUUGCGAGGACAGCACAGCUUGCGAGGACAGCACAGCUUGCGAGGACAGCACAGCUUGCGAGGACAGCACAGCUUGCGAGCUCAGCACAGCUUGCGAGGACAGCACAGCUUGCGAGGACAGCACAGCUUGCGAGGACAGCUUAGCUUGCGAGGACAGCACAGCUUGCGAGGACAGCACAGCUAGCGAGGACAGCACAGCUUGCGAGGACAGCACAGCUUGCGAGGACAGCACAGCUUGCGAGGACAGCACAGCUUGCGAGGACAGCACAGCUUGCGAGGUCAGCACACCUUGCGAGGGCAGCACACCUUGCGAGGGCAGCACAGCUUGCGAGGACAGCACAGCUUGCGAGGAGAGCACAGCUUGCGAGAACAGCUCAGCUUGCGAGGUCAGCACAGCUUGCGAGGACAGCACAGCUUGUGAGGACAGCACAGCUUGCGAGGACGGCACAGCUUGCGAGGACGGCACAGCUUACAAAGACGGCACAGCUUGCGAGGACAGCACAGCUUGCGAGGACAGCACAGCUUGCGAGGACAACACAGGUUGCAGGGACAGCACAGCUUGCGUGGACAGCACAGGUUGCGAGGACAGCACGGCUUGCGAGGACAGCACGGCUUGCGAGGACAGCACAGCUUGCGAGGACAGCACAGCUUGCGAGGACAGCAUAGCUUGCGGGGACAGCACAGCUUGCGAGCUCAGCACAGCUUGCGAGGACAGCACAGCUUGCGAGGACAGCACAGCUUGCGAGGACAGCACAGCUUGCGAGGACAGCAUAGCUUGCGAGGACAGCACAACUUGCGAGGACAGCACAGCUUGCGAGGACAGCACAGGUUGCGAGGACAGCACAGCUUGCGAGGUCAGCACAGCUUGCGAGGAGAGCACAGCUUGCGAGGACAGCUCAGCUUGCGAGGUCAGCACAGCUUGCGAGGACAGCACAGCUUGCGAGGACAGCACAGCUUGCGAGGACGGCACAGCUUGCGAGGACGGCACAGCUUACAAAGACGGCACAGCUUGCGAGGACAGCAUAGCUUGCGAGGACAGCACGGCUUGCGAGGACAGCACAGCUUGCGAGGAGGGCUCAGCUUGCGAGGACGGCACAGCUUGCGAGGACAGGAAAGCUUGCGAGGACAGCAAAGCUUGUGAGGACAGCAAAGCUUGUGAGGACAGCACGGCUUGCGAGGACAGCAAGGCUUGCGUGGACAGCACGGCUUCCGAGGACAGCACGGCUUGCAAGGACAGCACGGCUUGUGAGGACAGCACACCUGGCGAGGACAGCACGGCUUGCAAGGACAGCACGGCUUGCGAGGACAGCACAGCUUGCGAGGAGAGCACAGCUUGCGAGGACAGCACAGCUUGGGAGGACAGCGCAGCUUGCGAGGACAGCACAGCUUGCGAAUACAGCACAGCUAGCGAGGACAGCACAGCUUGCGAGGACAGCACAGCUUGCGAGGACAGCACAGCUUGCGAGGACGGCACAGCUUGCGAGGACGGCACAGCUUACAAAGACGGCACAGCUUGCGAGGACAGCACAGCUUGCGAGGACUGCACAGCUUGCGAGGACAGCACAGGUUGCGAGGACAGCACAGGUUGCGAGGACAGCACAGCUUGCGAGGACAGCACAGCUUGCAAGGAUGGCACACCUCGCGAAGACGGCACACCAAGCGAGGACGGCACACCAAGCGAGGACGGCACACCAAGCGAGGACGGCACACCAAGCGAGGACGGCACACCAAGCGAGGACGGCACACCAAGCGAGGACGGCACACCAAGCGAGGACGGCACACCAAGCGAGGACGGCACACCAAGCGAGGACGGCACACCUUGCGAGGACGGCACACCUUGCGAGGACGGCACACCAAGCGAGGACGGCACACCAAGCGAGGACGGCACACCAAGCGAGGACGGCACACCAAGCGAGGACGGCACACCAAGCGAGGACGGCACACCUUGCGCGGACGGCACACCUUGCGCGGACGGCACACCUUGCGCGGACGGCACACCUUGCGCGGACGGCACACCUUGCGCGGACGGCACACCUUGCGCGGACGGCACACCUUGCGCGGACGGCACAGCUUGUGAGGACGGCACACCUUGCGAGGACGGCACACCUUGCGAGGACGGCACACCUUGCGAGGACGGCACACCUUGCGAGGACGGCACACCUUGCGAGGACGGCACACCUUGCGAGGACGGCACACCAAGCGAGGACGGCACACCAAGCGAGGACGGCACACCAUUCGAGGACGGCACUCCAUUCGAGGACGGCACACCAUUCGAGGACGACACACCAUUCGAGGACGUCACACCAUUCGAGGACGGCACACCAUUCGAGGACGGCACACCAUUCGAGGAUGGCACAUCAUUCGAAGAUGGCACACCAUGUGAGGAUGGCACACCAUGCAGGGACAGCACACCUCACAAGCACUGCACACUUAGUGAAGACUGCACACCUGUGAAGUUAGGAUGCCUUGUGAAGACAGCUCGCCCUGCAAAGACACCUUCAGAACACAAGACACCAAUAAAAUUGCACACCUACUGA